AUGGGAAUGACACCCCUGCGGCGUUUGCUCCACAAGGAGGGGGAUGCCCCGCUGUGGUUCAUCAGUGCCCCCGCGGAGCUUCAACCGCACGACAUGGCUUGUGGUAACGGCACGCCUACGAGCGGAGCGGGCGGGGGUACAGACUCGCCAACGAGUUGCAUGUCCCCACCAGUGCACUGCCAGCUGCGUUUGGUUCCACUCAUAAAGCGCUAUUUUCCGUCAUCCAGAAGUGUUCUUUUUCAGCAACUGGUGGAGGCACGGAAAAGGCAACAUCCCCGCUAUCAUUUCCACUGCACGCAGCAUCUGCCACCCACGGCGUAUCUCGAUCCGACGGUACAUUACUUUGACUUGGAGCUUGGUGGGAGGGAGGUACGAGAGUCAGAGGGGGCAGAAGGGUACAGUGAGGCCAUACCAGCGCUUUCGGCACCAUUUCUUUCGCCAGACACACUGUACAGCCUGUUGGUUGAGGGCACCGAGGUGAAUCUUUUCGAUAGCGAGGAUGCGCUUAAAGCAGUUAUGCAGGCCGAAUUGGAAGGUGGAGGUAAAAGUGCAUGGAAGGAUCGUGUUGGAGAGGGCAUUGGCGAGGGUGAAAAUGGCGGCGGUCACAACGGCAAAAGCAACAUGGGACACACAAAACAGCAGCGGGUACGUCCGGUGCCGUGCGCCAUUUUGCUGCUGCGUUAUCACGACGUCGUCCCGGACAUAUCGGAGAAGAACAAUACCGCAUUUGGUCUAGCGGCGGCUGUGGAAACGGUUUCUGUUUCUCCGCAGAAGGGAGACGCAACGGCAUCCGUGAUGGUGGAGGAGGACGGCCGGUCGUGGCUCAUGUGGGAGACGGGUGGUGUAAGUCUGAGUGCACGUGUGGGCGGGUUCUACGGCUGCUGGACGGUGGAUGAGUUGUUUGGCCACAUGCAAGACGCAGAAACGGUUCGCUCUAAUUUGCCGAAUGUGCCAUCGUCUAUUCCGCAUUCACUGAUGGGGCCUUUUGGUCUCAGUGGGGACAGUCUUGUUGUCACGGGGUUUGUGGAGCGUGAUGUUGGGGAACGUGAGCAGCCUCAUGCGUGGAUGGCCGCGUGCAGAGCGUUCGCAAGCAGCAUGAUGGACAUCUCCUCGCAUUUUAUGGGCAAAGAUGGGACUCAGCAGCCAUGCGGCGGGGAUAUGGAACAUCAUUUACCGUCUUAUCCAUUGUGUCUGCUGCGGCACCUGGAUCUUGCCUUCAUCCCGCAGCUAUCUAACAUCCCGCAGCUGCAGCUAUGCCGUCAGAUUCAUCUCUUUAUGGAUACGCUGGAGGAACUGGCACCGGCUGUCCCCACAUUGGCCAAGCUACAUGUAUUGCAGCGACAACGCAACAAACGGCCCACAAAUGGGGAAACACGUGGGUCUAUGCCGCCAACAUCCACAACCUGUGGCUCCGCAUUUCCAGUCAAAAAUGCUCUCACUGGCACGGCGUACGGCAAUUGCGGCGGAUCUUCCAUUAUGGUGGUGGGGGAUGCGACUAAUGGGCUGGGUCCAAUCGCUGAUCCACAGAAUGCCGCGAGAAAAUCACAUCUAUCGCCAUUGAAAAGACUUCAGGAGAAGGGUUUGUGCAGCUACUUUUUGGAUGGUGCAGUUGUAUUACGAAUUUCCAAUGCAAAAGUUGUUGAGGCGUUGCAAAAGCUCUGGUGUGUUCCCUUGAGCGAUACGACGGAAGCUUUGAUGAUGGCCCUAACUUCACGCGUGCCCCCGCCACUUGUGUUCCGUGGUGAGUUGCGCCCUCCCAAUCCGAGUGACUCGUGGAAUGUCGAAUUGCAUGGUGUGGUUCCAAGAAAUGGGCUCGAACUGUCUGGAGGCUGCUUGCUGCCUUGUGGGUUUGCACAGGCGCAUGAUGUCUUUUCCGUGGGCCGCGAAUUUGACGGGGCUCCGUUUCGAUGCCUCGUCUCUUCUGCAGCCAAAAAUGCGCUUGUUGGGAGUGGGAUGCACUCAAAGGUGCAAGGAGCAGUUGGUGGCAAACUGCCUGCCAAUUGUAACUCGGCAGCAACUCUGAGAGUUCCGAAUAAAUCGGUGUCAUUUGGCGAUCUGAUCCGCUUUGAUCCGGUGGAGGGAUGCUGGUACAUUGAUUCCUCGCUGCGCGCGGAGGAUGUGGCUUUGUCGUGGAUGCGACGCCUCACCGGUAAGGCGCGGGAGGCGAAGGAUGUGGACGCCCGCUGGCUCUUGUACCCAAAUCCAGCCAGCCAAGACCCAAUGGAGCAUGGGAGCAGGGUGGGUGAAAUCGUGCCGGGUGCCGGGAGCGCUUUUGUGCGUCUGGGGCGUUUGCGGCCCUGGCACAUCAAACACGACGGCUAUUCGUACUUCCACUGCGUUGCCGUGCGAAACGGUGGCGCCGGGGGCGUUGCCGCGGAGGCCGAUGGGGAAGCGGCCGUCAUUUCAUCCACAAAGAAGGUGCCCGGGAAGAAAAAGAGCGGGGAAUCCCUUUCUGUGCCGCUGCCAAAAGACAAUGCCGCAUGCCAAAAGACAACGCACAGCGAAAUGGUGGGCGAGUCGAGGGAGGCAGCGCCGCAGUCGGUGGCGUGGACGCAGUCUGCGAGCAGCCACCACCUGUCCACCACCAACUCGCAGCCUACAUUCAGAUUGCCCAUCUUCAACUACGGGGCACCGGGCAGAGCGGGGGGACCGGCGUCUUACGAGGCGAAUGGUGGUGGUUGUGGCAGCGCGGCUGUGGAAGCGCGGGAUGACUCGUCGCCGACGAUAUCCAAAAUUGUGGAUGCGUGGGGUGCUGUUGGGGUGGGGCAGAUCCCAAGCACAUGCAGCAGCAACAUCAACGCCAGCUUCGGUGCACUCGGCGGUCACAACAAUUCUUCCAAGAACCGUGCCGGCGUGGUUUGGGAGCAGACGGGGCAAAUCCACUGCGCGGAUCGUCAUGGCUUGGAUCAGGAGAAUUCCAUGGCUCACUUGGGGAUGAGUAUGCACGGCAACAACAACGGCAUUGUGGCUGCCUCCAAGCUUGGAGCUCUGAGACGACCUCCCACGAAAUGGACCCCGCAAUCACCGCUGCGACUGCCAUUCACCCCAGCCACCGGGAAUUCUUCACUCUUCGUCCUGUCAAGCAAGAGUCCCACCGUCGUGUCGCGUGGAUCUCCUGCUAGCCAAACUUCAUCGCUUGUGGUACAGGGGGGACCUGCGCCAUUCUCCACCGCAAAAGUCCCCGUGCCGAAUAACACAUGCGCCCCGAACGAUGAUAACCAUGUUUUGGUUGGAAGUAUGGACAGCUUUUCUCCAUGCAGUUUUGAUGGGGGGCUGAGGAAUGGGAAUUGCUCCAACUUUCUUUUGACACCCCCCUCAGUAGGAAGUCUGCCUCACGUCGAUGUCAUCCACCUCAAUCACGGUGUGGCACGUACAGCACGUCCAUCCGACGACCGCAAGAACCACAUGGAGAGGGCCCACCACGAAAUGGAGGCAGCAGUACUGCUGCCCGAAUGCGGACAUGACGAUGUUCAAGGAAGUGAUCCAUUCCUAUAUGAAAUGCAGGGGAGCGUUUCACUGGAGUCAUCUCCGUCGAUUUCAUCCCUGCAAUUCUCGUCGGUGCGUAUCUACAAGGAGGAUCGUCAUUGCUACCACUGGAAUCCAUACGGCACAUCGUGA